GUCAUUCAUUCAUUCAUUUCGUUUGCUUACUAAAAAAGGUACAGAAACGGGAAAUGUUGGCAAAUUACUAAAGAUAAAUACGUGUAAUCGUUUUGUUCUCUUAAUUAUUCAUUUUCAUUUAACGGAUUGGUGUUACUUUCGACACGCCAUUCGAGGCUCUGAUCAGGAGACAAUGGACAACAGGCACUAAUUGUGAAGAGAUAUGGCUUCUGGAACAUCUUCACUGGAAAGUAAUGGAAGUAAUGAGUCAAUAUCCCACAGCUACGUAAGCAAUGAGAGGCACACAAGCACUCAGAUCCCAACGAUCCCUCUGCCGAUCGAGUAUGAGGUUAUAUCGUCCAACUAUGACAAGAACUACUCCAGCCACUCGCACGCCAUGAGUGCGCCCUACGAACUCGGCCAGUACGAUGUGAUAAACAAACAGGCGAACGAGAGCUUAAAACAACAGUGUGAGAAGGCCUUACACGACUUGAAUCAGCUAAGACGACAACAUACCGAGACAACAAGGAGGUGUGAACAUGUUAUGAAAGAAUUGGAGUACUUUCGUGGACAACACCGAGCUGCAAUGAAUCAAUUGGAAGUAUCUGCACAGGAGGCGAGUAGCCUCCGAGGCAAAUAUGGAGAUCUACUUAAUGACAAUCAGAGAUUGGAGCGUGAAGUUCAACAUUUACAACAGAGCAGCACUCCUGAAGGCAGUUCUGAAGCCCUCGUCCACACUCUUAGAAAAUAUGAGGCACUCAAAGAAGAGCUUGAUUGUUUUCAAAAGAGAUAUGAUGACCUUAUAGAAACCCACAAUGGGACAUUGGAAAAGCUUCGUAUAAUGCAAGAGGAAAACAGUAGACUGAAGACACAGUGUCACGAGUUGACUCAGGAGAGAAACUCUGUGAUCCGCGAGCGCAACGCGCUGAAGCAGCAGGUGGCGAGCGUGGUGCGGCAGUGGGAGGGCGCGCGCGAGCGGGCCGACAUCAAGCGGCUCACCGACGAGCGGAACGCCGCCAUGGCGGAGUACACGCUCAUCAUGAGCGAGAGGGACACAGUGCACAAGGAAAUGGAGAAGCUAUCAGAUGACCUGCAGGCAGCGCUGAAAAGGGUUGCAGCCCUCGAGGGUGCGCUGCAAGCGUCGAGAGACGAGCAGAGGGCUACCGCUUUACAGGCGGAAAGCUUGCGCAGAGAAAUCGAGUCCGCCCUCGUGGACCGCGACCGCGCCAUCAAAGAGUGCACCGACCUUAAGACGCCGCAAAACACGUCUACAUUGGGCAAGUCUAGGCAAGACAAUACAGCAUACCAUCACCUGGGCCUCUCCAGUGGAGUGGGCAAUGAUGGCUUCCUCAAUGGGCAACAUUCUAACGACCCAUCCAUGGAUAAGUUGCAGGGUCUGGCGGGCAUGUCGGCGGACGCGGCGGAGCGGGAGCGCGUGGACGACCUGGAGCAGGCCAACCAGGAGAUCGAGCGCCUGCGCAAGCACGCCGACCGCCUGCAGGCCGACCUCGCCGACGCGCACCGAGAGGCCGAGGUCUCCAAACGAAGGAGAGACUGGGCCUUUUCCGAAAGAGAUAAGUUGCUUCAAGAGCGAGAGAGCGUUAAGGCGUUGUGUAAUAGGUUAAGAAAGGAGCGCGAUCAGAUGGUGGGCGAGUUGGCGGAAGCGCGUCGGCACGGCGGCAGCAAGUCCGCGGAGGGCAAGCCGCGCAAGCACGAGCCCUGCCGCCUCGCCGGCGACGCCGCCAGGGAUCUGCAGGACUUCGAGUGGGAGACGCUGGAGGUGGAGCUGUGCGGCGAGGCGGGCGAGGCGGGCGCGGCGCGCGGCGCGGGCGUGGAGCUGUGCGGCGGCCGCGAGCAGCCCUGCUUCCCGGGCGACCCCGCCGUGUACGUGGCCAGCGUCGCGCCCGGCUCGCUCGCCGACGGGAAGUUGCGCGUGCUGGACCGCAUCACGGAGGCGUGCGGCGUGAUGUCUCUGUACGAGCAAUCAUACAGUGACGGCAAAACGGCCAACAUCUGCUCUCAGACUGACGACACUUGGACACCCUUCACCCCGCCACCUCCAGAACCUAAGGUGCACAUAGACCACGGCGGCGACUUCGAUCGGCGCUACGUGUACCACGUGGCGGCGUCCAGCCAGGGCAAGAUACACCAGGAGCGAGGGACUUGGGAUAUGAUCAGAGGGAAAGUGGAGGCCUUCACUGGGCGGAGUAAGUCGAAAGAUAAGCAGAAUAAGGUACCGGAAUCUGACGCUAUCGCCGAGUUGGAUUCUGUUAUUGACAGCUAUCAUGGCAAAACAAUCAAAGAAAGCAGUAGCGUUUUAAAGCGCUCCCGAAGAAAAAAUAAAGAAUCACAAAAUGACGCCAAAAAUGGCGGCACCUGGCCUAAAGCAAGGGCAAAUUUUAUUUUGGAAGAAAAUGCCACCGGUACAAUAGUACAACCUCGGUCUAGAAAAGAGAGGCCACAUCUGUCUAUCCUGCUCAGUCCACCGACCAAGCUACCGCCUGAACCGCAGAGGUCAAACACAAAUCGUAAUUCGAAUCCCAUACCGCUGGGACACAUGCCUUUAACACAAUCGACGGCGCCGGCGCGGCAUUCUGUUUACAAGUCAAUAGAAUCGAGCCCGGCUAUUGAACAUUUUCCCAAACCAGCACCUCUAGCUAUACACAACCCUUUCGCGUCACCAAACAACAUGAACUUCGAAAAAAGUAGAACCUUGGAGAAGGAAAGAGACAAAAUAUCGAUAAGCGAUUAUGAGCAUGACGUCACACCGAACAGACUCAGCUUGGUUCUCAAUCCAUCGGAUGAUUCUUUGGAUUACCAACCCGCUACGAGAAACAGAACAAAAAGCCCUCAUUCAUUAGAUUUCAUGGUCAAUAAGGGUCCGAGUUCACUCGACUUUGUCACGCGAAAAUCGCCCAGCUCUUUGGAUCACACAAUCAAAAAUCACACGGGGAAAGAUAUUCUGGAUCAGUAUUACUCGUCAAAAAAGUCCUCAUCACCCAAAACGGUGAACAAGUACCCCUCUGACAGCGAUAGUUUCGGUCCUGAUAGUUUGAAUAGCAAUGCAAACUUUCCCAUGACAGGGACUUUACCUUCACAAGCUAGAUUACAAUCGCAAUACUACAGAGGGCCGUUCACGAAUUCUAACCCACACACAUCCAGCAGAUACACACAUCUAUCCAGCCCCACGAAUAUUCCCCAAAGCCAAUCGGGAGAAAGUAUAGGGACUAGUUAUGAUAUGCACUCUUUUACAUCACACACGCACAAUAUGUCGGACUUACAGCCCGUACCUAGAGUGAACCGGGAGUACCACCACACAUACGAGGGUGGAACGUUUCCUAGAAAGAAAGAAAAUCAAAGGUUUCGAAUACCAUCCAACCCCAGUGUGACUUCUAAGAAUUCUGCUGGGAAAUUAAGUACAGGCUCCAUAGAAAGAAGUUCAGAAAGAAAUUCUCCUAUGCCGAAAUUUCACGUGGAAGUUUUAAGCCCUGGACAUGGCGUUAAACAAUUAGCUCAUAAGGGUUUAAGAAACUCGAUGCCUGAAUACUGCGGUCUAGGCUGGAACAAGCCUUUACCGGGAGAGCUUCGGAGGGUGCAUAUCGAUAAGAGUCAGCAACCUCUGGGCAUACAAAUUUAUUGUCCACCGAGUAGCGGUGGUGUGUUCGUUUCUACUGUUAACGAGAAUUCACUGGCCAGCCAAGUGGGUUUACAAGUUGGUGAUCAAUUACUCGAAGUAUGCGGGAUAAAUAUGCGCUCUGCGACUUAUUCUCUGGCAGCAAGUGUUUUGAGACAAAUCGGUAACUCGAUAACGAUGCUUGUUCAGUACAGUCCUGAGAAGUACAAGGAUGAAAUGGAAGUGCCAGGGAGCUCGUCUUCUGGAGAAAGUUCUCAUGAUGAGGAGGUGUCUCUCUCAGGGUCUCCCACACCUAGAAAUUCUCCAGGCCCCCAGCAAUCUCUGCGAAUGGAUGUUCCGUCAACGGACGCUUCGACGUUAAGGCAGUCGCAAGGCAAAGAUCUGCCUAGGUUUCUGCUGAUAGAAAUGCGCAAUUGUUCAGAUUUAGGUAUAAGCUUAGUGGGGGGUAAUGCGGUGGGGAUAUUCGUACACAGUGUUCAGAUAGACUCUCCGGCGUACAUAGCAGGGCUGCGGACGGGAGACCAGAUUCUAGAGUACAAUAAUGUCGACUUAAGGCGCGCCACGGCUGAGCAGGCCGCUUUGGAGCUAGCAAAGCCCGCUGAUAAGGUGAGCGUGCUAGUCCGCCACGAUCUUCAGCAGUAUCACGAGAUAAAGGACAAACCGGGCGACGCGUUCUACAUACGCGCGGGUUUCGACCGUUGCGCGAAAAUCACCUCUAUCGGUAUGGACACGAUAGACGAGUAUUCCCUGUGGUUCCGCAAGGACGAAGUGCUCUUUGUGGAUAACACCUUGUUCAACGGCGCUCCGGGACUGUGGCGGGCGUGGCAGUUGGACUGCAAGGGCGUGAAGCGACAUUGGGGCACUAUACCUAGUAAAUUUAAAGUGGAAGAAAUACUCCGACGGUCGAUGGGCACACUGGACAAUGACGCCCAACGAAGGGCUUCCAGCACGGCGCGAAGGUCGUUCUUUAGGCGGAAGAAGCACCGCGACAGCAAGGAGCUCGCCUCCUUCUCCAACACGGAGCUGGGCUGCUGGAGCGACUCCGGCACCCUGGCUGAUGAUGUACCGCCUCUGUCGUACCAGCGGGUCGAGAGGCUGCACUACGGCAGCCGCCGGCCAGUGGCGGUGCUGGGCCCGCUGCGCGAGUGCGUGGCCGGCAAGCUGGUGACGGACUGGCCGCACGUGUUCGUGCGCCUGCGCCCCGACCCGCGCGCGCUGCGCGACCGCGCCGACAAGGGCAUCCACUGCAUAAUAGACGUGAGCGUGCCCAUAAUAGAGAAGCUGCACAAGCACCAGAUAUACCCUAUCGUCCUGUUCAUAAAGUUCAAAUCGUUCAAGCAAAUAAAAGAAGUGAAGGACACCCGCUACCCCGCGGACAAGCUCUCCGCCAAGGCCGCUAAGGAAAUGUACGAGCACGGACUCAAAGUGGAGAAUGAGUUUAGGAAUUAUAUCUCAGCGGAGAUCCCGGCGGGCGUGAACAUAGCGUACAUGUGCACGCAAAUUAAGGAGGCAGUCGAGGAGGAGCAGAAUAAGACGCUGUGGUCCGUCACCUUCUGCACGCACUACAAGCACGAGCACGACAAACGGGACAAACGGGACAAGCGUGACAAGCGUGACAGACGCGACUCCCUCGAACACGACGUCACGUACCACUCCGAUCCGGGACAGGAAAAGCCGGAGACCACCAAGAAGAGAGAGCCACAAACGGACACCGAUGACGUCAGAUACUACUCGGAACCGGACUGCAAAUACUUCGAAAUCGACUACGAAUUCCUAAAGGAGUUGCGACAGAUAGCUAGAAACAAUUGCCCGAAGUGUCGCAAGAGGAGAACGAAGAAGGACAGCGGGAGGCACAGGGAGAAGAGACAGAAGGAGAGGCGGAGGGAGACCUACGUGCUGUGCAACGGCAGGUAUCACAGCGACAGAGAGCACUGCAGGUGUUGCUGCAAGAUAUGCAACAGAUCGACGGACACACUAGACUCAAUAGAAGACGAAUAUUCGUUAGUAUCGAAAAGCUACAGUUUCCCGUCGAGCUCGCGGUUGCGGGUCAAGGAGAGGAAGAAUUCGAUACAGUCGAACAAAUCGGUGUCCUUCUUGGAAUCGAGCAACGAGAGCUCGCUGAAGGACGAGCCCAAUUACACGGCGAAGAGUUUCACGAACGACUUGAAGAAAUUCCUCCUGAAACCGUCGUCGCCGCGGCUGAGUCUGCGGGAGAAGUUCAUGAUCAGCUUCAAGCAAGAGCUAGAGGCGACCAAGCGGUCGCCCAAGUUGAAAGCUAUUAAGGGCCUCUGGAAGUCUUAUUGAGUUUUUGGACAAGUUUUUUUCGGACACAAUGAAGGAUGAUUCGUUUUGUUUUUGCGAGGGUUAAAUUGAGUAUAAAGAGAAGAGGAAUAGAAUUUCAAUUAUGAAAAAAAUUAUAAGACAGUUAUGUCAAAAGGGUUAAAGGGUUAAGGGUAAAGUUUUGGGCAUGUGUAAGAGAAUGAAUAUUAGGGGAGGGUUUUAGAAGGAAAUUUAUUAUCUAUAAAUAAAACGAAUCAUUUUUUAAUUGUACUUAUUUACAUAACAGUGAGCGUAUCGUGAUUUUGUGUGUUACGUAUUAGAAACGAUGUACGCCUAAUGGGUUCUUCUUUUUUAUACUAAAUGAUACAAAAUUGCGGUACACUACACUAAUUAUAAAUUUCCAUAUACAAUUGUCCAUCAAGUGACAUUUUGGUGGUUCUAACAUUGUGAUUAUUUAUUCUAUUUAAUUAUUUAAAUACUAUUUUUAUCUUUUUAUAUUUCCGUGAAAGUCAGGUCGAAUGUUAAAACAAACAUCGCUUUCUUAAAUGAUUUAUAGUAUUUUUCAUGUGUUUAAAAUCUCUGGAUUUUUUAUGACUGUAAUAUUGAAGUGGAUAGUUAAAUUUUUUAUCUAUAGCAGUAGUCAUUUAGAUUUAUGGUGAUAUUAUAAUGAUUUUCACUAUUAUAUCAAUAAUUCUUUGAAUAAUUGUGGAAAUAGGUCGAAAUAUACUUUUUUUUUCAUAAUUUGACCUGACUCACACUAUCCUUUAUUCUUGGUGCUUAAUUAUGUUGUGUAUUUUUGUAUAAUUUAUAUUACAAUAAUUGUACAAAGGUGUUCAUGUUGGUCUAAAUGUAUGAUAGCAACGUAGGUGCUCGUCUGUAUAUACCCGUCCUUGUUUCGUUUAUGUUUUGUCUCUUUCUAUUUAUAAAUGGUUUUAUUCGCUGUUACGGUCAGUUCAGUUUUACUGCAAGGCCUUUUACUGCAAAUUAUUUUAUGUAUAGAUAAGAAAAAACGAUACAAAUUGACGGACAAGAGGUCUAUUAUAAUUGUAGCAAUGUUCUUUUUUUGUGGGCUAUAGUGAUAUUGAACUGACAUUAAUAUGCGAUUUUUAAAGCGUCCUUGCUAUCUAUCUCUGAAAGAGAAAGGACACAAAAGAGAGGACACUAAUUAUUCGUCGGAGAUUCAUUAUUUGCGAUUUUGGUAUUUCCGAUAAAUAUUAAAGAAUUUUGUUAUUUUAAGGAGAUGGUGGAAUACAUUAAUGUGCGAAAUUUUGCAAUUUUAGAUACAUACUAAUUAUUUACAGUAACUUAUCUUAAUUGUAAGAGAGAGUGACGUCACAUACUUUCAGCGUUUUCCUUAUAGAUGGUUAAAUUUAGAUCUAAAUGCGAUAUAAAUACAAGUGUAGAAAUAUAAUGCGCAGUAAGAAUAUUCGCUGUUGGUUUUAGUAAAACACUAAUCGCAUUGGUGAGGGCAACAUAAAGACAGUAAUAUUCCAGUUUGAUAUUUCUAUAAACUGCGUAAUUCGUGUUAUCUAGGCAAUUUCGCCUUGAUCUGCCGUCUCCUCGUAAUCUAAAACUAUUUACUCGAGUAGCGUUUUAACGUUAGUCUAGAUUCGUGGUAGUCAUCUAGGGAUCAAUAGGGGCAACUUUUGUUGUCUAUCUAGCUGUCUGUAUACUUCUUUAAGUAGUCGCUCAGUAGAAUGGCCUUGGGAAGUUAGGUUUUGCAUUUUAACUUUGGAUUUAAGGGCGGGAAUGGGAAAUGUGAUGUGACAAUUAUAAUAUGCAUUUAUGAGAACAGAUUUUGCCUAAUAUCUUAAAAAAAAGGUUGUUAGAAAAUUAUUUAAAAAUAUGUCUUUUUUGGGUGACAGAAAACCCAUAUGUGUGGGGUAUCAUAUAUCACACUUUAUUCCAAGUUUGGGAGAUAUAGGCAUUAUAAUGUGGUCUGGCAAAUUAUUACUAAGAGAUUUAUUGUCUUCAUGGAAGGACAGUAAACAUAACGUUCCAUCUUUGGAAGUUUCUGGAAUUUCCUUGUUUUAGUAAGGGAUCAGUUAAAAUGCAAAAUCCACUCAAAAAUAUAUUCGUUAGUCAUUUGACGAUAUACAUAAAUAAAAAUUUACACGUAGUGUUAGAAUUAGAUACAUUUGCAAUAAGCACGUUUGAGAGAUUUUAUUAGAUGGUCGGAACAUAUCUGAUUUUAUUCGUAAGAGCAAUGUUUUUCUCUUUCCUUAGGCAGGGUUGUUGGUUAGGUUUGCUGUUUAUGUCAUAUCUAUAGCUAUCGCAGGGGUUGUGACGUCUUAAAGCAGUAUUAAUUCCAGUGCGAGAUGUAAUGGCGCUAGAUGUAUAGCUUAUAUGUAUAGCUCUCUUUUCCACACUGGGAUAAGUACUGCUUUUAGACGUCACGGUAUACCUCUGCUACUAUAAAUUCACGAAA